AGAGCUAAUUUGAAAAAUGGCGGCCGCGGUAAAAGACCGACUUUCCCACUUCAGAUCGAAAUUGGAGGAGCUUGACUGCCCAUAUCUAGGUGGUGUUGAGGAGUCGUGGAUAGAGGAACUGUUGUUUAAACCUGGGGAACCAAGGUUGAGACUUUUACAGUGGGCUGUUGGAAAAUUUGAUCCAGUCAUAUACAAUAUGUUGGAGAACCAGCAAAGCAAGGCUUUGGGCAGAAAUGACUCCAGAAUUCAAAAGCUGCUGUUUGCAUGUCACCUUUUAGGACUCUGUAAAAGUGAUGAUAUUGACCUUGUACAGGGUAACAAAUCUAGAAACAAACAAGCAGUGUUCUGGGAAAAUCUGUUAGAUCUCAUUGGUACAAUUGAGUCAUCAGGGCAGAUAAGUCAUUUUACCACCCCAGUGAGAACAGCCAGUUUGCAGUCUGGAACUCCCUUUUCUUUAGAAGAGCAAUUUAGAAGUGACUGCUACUUUUUUGAUGGUUUAUGUCGCCAAGAAGACCUUCAGAAUGUCUUUAGGUCAAAAGUUCAGCUUUAUCCUCCUGAUUUAAUGAAAACAACAUCUGGACUUGAAAACAAAAAAAUACCUGAUGAAAAGCAGUUGAUGUCAGUGACUGAAAAAUUGCUGAGUGAACUGGAAGAACAGAGCAAACAGCUGGAUGAGUUGAGAGAGAGUGCUCCAUUGUGUGAUGCAGAUGCUAUAACAGUUGAGAAAGUGAGUAAGACACUCUCUCUCUCACUCACAACUAUGGCUCAAGUUGUGUCUGGAUUUCUUCACUGCUUUGAGACUGAGAUGAAGCCAUGGAGUAAACGACCGGCACCUGUCUUGUCAGAAGUUGGUCCAGCAUUCAGCAGAGUUCAUAGACUUUUAUCAAGAUACACAGAGCUGAUCCAAAACUUAGGAACAAUCAAGAGAUCAUACAGUGAAAUAUGCCAUGACGGUAAAGAUAAAAUAUUCACAAGACAAAAGGACGACACAGGGUUAAACCCGGCAGAACUGAAAACUCUUCAGGGGUGUUUGGGUGUUCUGGAGGAAUCAUUACAGCGACUUAGAGAGGAAGGGAGGUGACUCGUGAUGACGGAGUUUUUAAGGAAGCAAAAAGAAGAAAAGAAGAUUACUCAAAGUCGGAUGGUAUAUCGAACAGUUGUCAGAUUCUUAUGAUCCAAAGAGAAACAAACUUUUCCCUUCCCCUCGGUAAUCGCUGGUGAAAACUGAUGGGAAUCGUUUGAAAAAAAUGCUCGAGGGAAUUCUUGUUUGCCACGAAGAAUGCCCUUCGUCAUAUUUUUUUGUAUGUUGAGAUUUGGAGCGGAUAUUGUAUUUGGUAUACGUAAAGGAUAUCAAGUGCAUGAACACAGAAUGCGGUUAUUCCCUUCUCAAUCGGCCUGUUUACUACUGAGCCUCUAAAACAGUUUUCAGGUUAUUUUGAUAGCCUUGAAAUUCCUUUUAGAUUCUUGUCUUCAAAUUCCCUCUUAUAUGAUUAGGAUUGACAAGGGUUUCUUGAG